AUGGCCCUCUUCCCUUUGCGUCACCUGCAUACGCUUGGCUUGGUGGGUUGGAUUUUGAACUCUGUUUAUCUUCACCAUAUCCUGAAUAAUAAUGCCGACAGCUUUGAGGAAGUUCUGUUGGGGAGGUGGAUUGUUAAUACGGGUUUCCUUGAGGCGGCGCCUAUGAACCUGAAGUGGAACGGACUUAUGGACUUGGAGGGCCAGCCAGCUUCUCAGGAGGCGGAGGUUCAGUCUGCUACUCGGACAAUGGAGGAUGAGCUUGCUAUUCAAACAGCGGAUGAUCAAGUUACCCCUCAGAAAGCGGACGAUGAACUUGCACCCCCACAGACGGGGGAGGAAGAGCCUGCUUCUCCUCCGGAGGAGGAACAGUCUUUACCUUGGGUCGUGUUGGACCAAUACAUUCCACAUAUGACGGAAGAACAGAAAGCCAAGGCCGCUGAAUUGAUUUAA